GACAACUCAAAGUGCGAGUCAACCAGUCACCCGGCAUGGCUGUGUCCUUACCCAUUGAUGGCGCGUUGCCGAACUGGUCCGGAGUCAUUGAGCGCGACCCGUGAUAUCAUGGGCCUCAAAGUUUGAUCCACGGGGAGAAGUUUCCGCCAAUGACCGACCGCCUGAACAAGCACUGGAACCAAUGAAGCCUCUCUCCUGUUCCAACAAGUCCUCAUCAUCGAAAGGUCUCUCAGCAGCUCAUUCCGUGAUAGUCAUUGUCGCUGUCGUUGUCGUUGUCGUCGUCUCCUUUUUUUCCCCACUAGGUACCGGUCGUCUCGGGAAAGACACCCAACGCAACCCCAUCCAUUAUCUUGGAUCAACAAAUACAUACUCGAUCGACUACCCGAACUUGAUGCUGUCAUUCAUUCCAUUCCGCGGAGCCCUCGGCUGGAAUUAGUCUAUGUGGAGCCGUUUCAAGCCCAAUAGGGCUGGUCAAUGAUGCCAAGAGGACUG